GUCUUCUCCUAGGUAAUUGAUCACUGUGCACCCAGAAUACUCCCUCCUCCUGAUUCCAAUAGAGCAGGAGUGUGCAUCAUGAAUAAUCAAAAAAUGGUGAACCGUCUGUUGCAAGAAUGCAAGCAAAUGCUGGAGCAGCCCUCAUUAAUGGUGGAAGACCAGUCCAAGGAAAGCAAGCAUCAACUGUUGAGAGCUUCACUCCCUGAGGAUUUGAGGACCCUCAUCGAAGAAGCCAAGGAAAUGAAGUGGCCCUUUGUGCCAGAAAGGUGGCAAUACAAACAAGCCAUAGACCUUGAAGACAAAACAAAUUUGCAAGAUAUGAUCAAUGCAAGGCUGCAUGAGUUACUGGUUUACUUAAAAACCUCCAUUGCCAACAGAGACUAUGUGAUGGCAGCAGCUAUUAUGUUCCUGGUUGACCGGUUUUUAUAUUGGGUUGAUGGUUCCAGCCAGCUUCUUCAAAUUGUCAAAAGGCUGCAUCAGCUGGAGCCUACAGUACCAAUUGCUCCUCAGUUGGUGAUCCGUCAGGCUCGCAUCUCUGUGAAUUCAGGUAAAUUACUGAAGGCUGAAUAUAUUCUUAGCAGUCUUAUUAUUGGCAGUGGAGCAACAGGAGUAUGGAAGUACUAUAAAGAAAGUGAUCGUAUUCUUGUUCAAUCAGUCUGUAUACAGAUCAGAGGACAGAUUCUACAGAAACUGGGGAUGUGGUAUGAAGCAGCAGAGCUGAUCUGGGCCUCAAUUUUGGGUUAUUUUACACUUCCGCAGCCAGAUAAGAAGGGUAUAGCUACCUCAUUGGGUAUUUUGGCUGACAUCUUUAUAUCCAUGAGUGAAGAUGAUUACAUCAGAUUUAAAAACAAUUCUCAUCUUGGCCUGAACCUUCUUAGAGAGUUUGACCAUCAUUUACUUUCGGCUGCUGAAGCUUGCAAGCUGGCUGCAGUCUUGAGCCAGUUCACGCCAUUGUUUGUGCUCACCGCAGUAAACAUCCGUGGAACAUGUUUGCUGACUUACAGCUGUUCAAGUGCGUGUCCUUCAGAAAAGCAAGCAUUUUAUUUAUCCCAAGCAAAGGAGUCCUUUGAAAUUGGUCUACUGAGCAAGAAGGACAAGGAACCAGUCACCAGCAAACAAGAGCUCCACAGUUUUAUCAAAGCAGCUUUCUCCCUUGCAAAAGUGCACCAGCGGCUGUAUGGAGAGAGCAAAAGCCUUAAUCAGGUGAAUCAGUUGUGCCAGGAAGCCGUGGAGAAGCUAUAUGCUUACAGUCAUUCACUUCAAAAUGAAGAGCAGGAAAAAGAACAGCUUGCUAAAGAUAUUAUGGGCCUGGUCAUGUCAGUUAAAGAGCAAUUGCAAGUGCAAAAUUUCCCUAAUUCUGAUGCCAAAUCCUACAUUCCUGAUAGCUACAAAACUGAUGUCAAAAAGCAGAUUGUGAGUGGUGAGUUGAGCUUUGAGAAGGUUCUCAGAAUGCAUUUUCAGCAUCACAAAGCAGUCUGUGAUGUUUUUGGAAGUACUUGCAUGAGCCAUAAAAUUAGACCAGGAAAAGGGAAGACAGGAGCCUGUAUAACAGCUCUAAAGACCGAAACGAAAAAUAUGGAUACCAUGUGCACAACUGAAGCAAAUUCUCAUUUUGACAAUCACAGUGUAGCAAUCCCAGUUUCACAGAAAACAAGAAAAAGACAUGAUGGUCUUAAAGACCACAUGGGAAAGAAAAUUUCUUAUGUUGUUACAGGGAGUGUUUCUCUUGAUGAAGAGACAGCAAGUGAAACUUCUGAUAAUCAAAACAAAGUUGGUGAGAUUUCAUUUGAUUCUCAGAGCAGGAAUAAAGUCUAUAGUCAAUUGGGAACUUGGAGCAAAUUGUCCAGAUCAAGAUCCAUUACUAGUCAGGAAGAAAUUGUCAGUAAUAAAAAUGAUAAGGUACUCCAUGAUAAGGUACAGAAAACAAAGAACACUACAGACUUGCCUGAAGAUGUCGAAAAAAAUGUUCAGGAGAGUGAUCUUUGCUUGUUGUCUAAUAAAACACACAAAAUCACACUUCAAUGCACUCAAAGUGACACAAGUCCUUUAAAGCAUCCCUUUCAGGAAAACAUAGCCUUCGCUAAUAGGUCAAAAGAAUUAGACUCAAAUUUCAGAAAGAAACAUAUGGAGGCAGUAGUGGAUAGAGAAGAUAGUAGCACCAACUCCAACCAAGAUAAUAUAAUGAGUCUUACUUCUGAAAAAGAUCUAUUUGGAAUAAUUUCUUCAGGAAAGAUUUCCAGAACCACGGACAGCAGCAAUGCUGCUAUUCCUAGCAUUGGAAAAGGAAGCAUAGAAGACAAUGCAAACUGUAUACGAGAUUCAGGCCCAAUGUCUAGAAGUCAUUGGCAACUGAUUGACUUAGAAGGAGAAACCGUCGAUGGAACUGAAGAUUCCCUAAUGAAUCCAGAUCUACCCAGCGAAAAGAUAGUAUCUGCUUCCAUAAGAAACAAUGUGCUAAAAGCUGAAUGUGAACAUUUUGUACAAAACUGGGUUAACCAGUCUGCCAAUAUGAUGCGAACAGGAUGCUCCUCUAAAAUACCUGAAGUUAAUCUACAAACAGCAGAGGACUGGGAAUUGGUUUCUGAUGAUGGAAGAGAGUUAACAGACCAUCAUACCAAUGAAGAUGUAAUAGAAGAUCCACAAAAUUACAGGCCUGAGACCCCAAGAUGUUCAUCAGGAUGGGUCAACAAGCCAGCAGUAAAUCAUUCCAGUGAUUGUGCUACAACUGAAGAAGAUGAAGGUGAAAAGUUAAGAGGCAUUGUGAACAGCAGCCACAGCUCAAGCUCACUGAAAUCAUGGUGCAAAGGACCCAGUUUUUCCAGUAGUUUUUCUCAACUAGGAAGUUCUUCCUUAAUGAAUUCUAGUGAAAGCUCUUUUUCCUUUAUUAAUAUGGUAAAAGAACAAAUUCAACAAGCUCGCAUUCUGAGCAGUGAUGAUUAUGACAAGCUUUUUUCAGGUGUUGAACAUGCUUGGCUAAUUGAGAGAAUGAAGAGUACAGGAGUCUUUCAACCAAACCUCCUGCAUAAAACACACUAUGCUCUUCUUUUGAAAUACUCUAAGAUAUCUGGGCUGUGGACAGCUCAGGAGACAGCUGCAUAUGUUGGAGACUACCUGAGUGUGGCAAAGAAAGGCAAGCAAAGGAAUGCUUUUUGGAUACAUUUCCUGCACCAAGAAGAGACCCUGGGAAGGUAUGUUGGCAAAGAGUACAAAGAAGAGAAAGAGAUUGUGUACCAUUUCAGUGAUGUAGAGCGGCAAAUGACAGCUCAGUACUAUGUGGCAGAAUUCAACAAAAGGCUGUAUGAGCAAAAAAUCCCUACACAAAUCUUUUACAUUCCAUCGGUGGUACUCUUGAUACUAGAAGGCAAGUCUAUCCAAGGAUGUGUAACAGUGGAACCCUAUAUUCUGGGAGAGUUUGUGAAGUUAUCCAAUAAUACCAAUGUAGUAAAACUGGAGUACAAAGCCACAGAAUACGGACUUGCGUAUGGUCAUUUCUGCUAUGAAUUUUCCCAAGACACAGAUGUGGUGGUUGAUUUACAAGGCUGGGUGACUGAUAAUGGAAAAGGCCUAAUUUAUCUCACUGAUCCCCAGAUCCAUUCUGUCUCUGAGAAAGAAACAUCAGGCCUGACAAACUUUGGAAAAAAAGGGAUCUACUAUUUCUUCAAUAAUCAGCAUAGAGAAUGCAAUGAAAUCUGUUCCCGUCUUUCAUUGACAAGACCUUCAAUAGAGAAACCAAAGUGACAUUUGGUAAUACUCAACCUCUUUAUCCAAGAGACCCUGCUGUGACUUUUUGACAAACAUCUUUUCCUAUUUUUUUAUAUCUGCAAUAUAACCUGUGGAACACAUUACCCCCCGAGGUGAGGCAGGCCCCCACUCUCCCAGCUUUCCGAAAGGGAGUGAAAACCUGGCUUUGCCACCUCGGUUGGGGCGGGAGGAGGGAUAGUCAAUCAUGGGGGUGGUUGGCGCCGUAAUGUGGCCCCAAGGAAUUUUAUUGAGUUGGUUUGUCGAUCAGGGAUUUUAUAUUUAUAUUUUUAUGAUGGACUUGUUUUUAUUAUUUUAAUUUCUUGUUAUUUUAAUUGAAUUGAAAACUACCCAGAGUCGCUUGGCAAGAUGGGUGGUGAAGAAAUG